UGUCAACAAAUUUCAGAUUUCAGAAAAUCACUAAUUUUAACCUUUAAAUUUAGUCCUUAAAUAUUUUAUAUCAAUCUUUAAUCUGGAUAAUAAUAAUAGCCACUGCCGGCUAACGACUGAUUAUUGUUAUAUCAAGAAAUUCAUAUAAAGUAAGUACAAAUUUCUGGACUAAAAAUAGAGACGCGAUUCGAAUACCUUACGAUAAAAACAAGUUUUCUUUGUGAACUUUUCACUAUACAUAGGUUAUGUCGGAAGCAAAUGUUGGAUCAGCCCCUGCGUCUGCCGUGCCCUCGGCCACCAGCGUUGCCGAGGAACAACGAUCAGGCACCACUACCGGAGGGUCAGGAACUGAAGAAAAGGUGUACGGUGGAUGCGAAGGCCCAGACGCUAUGUACGUGAAGCUGGUCUCCUCGGACGGCCACGAGUUCAUAGUGAAGCGGGAACAUGCGCUCACGUCGGGCACUAUCAAGGCGAUGCUCAGCGGGCCCGGGCAGUUUGCUGAGAAUGAAGCGAACGAAGUCAACUUUAGGGAGAUACCUUCGCACGUGCUACAAAAAGUGUGCAUGUACUUCACAUACAAGGUGCGCUACACAAACUCGUCGACGGAAAUUCCGGAAUUUCCGAUUGCUCCGGAAAUCGCCCUGGAACUCUUGAUGGCCGCUAACUUUUUGGACUGUUAAUAAAGGAAUAUUUCGGAAAAUGUGUUCUUUAUAAUGCAAUAUGGUUUAUCGGAAUUUUAAUGUCGUUACGGUCUAUUUUUGAAUGAUCAAGCAAGCUUUUCAUAUAGGUAUUUUAAAGUAAUGCUAUUUCAUGUUUAAUAAAGUGAAAGAAAGAGACAGAUGUAGUUUAGUUUGCUUGAUGAUUGAUCAUUAGACUGCAAGUACUGGAAAUAACUUUACAUGUACGGGCAAAUCGUUUUUUAAAUAUCUUCAUAAUAGAAGAUAUUGAAUUAGUAAAUGUUCAGGCAACAGUAUUUUUAGGUGCAAUGGUCGUUCGUUUUUCACAUUUUGAAAGGAGUAUAAAAUUUGUAAUUUGAUAGCAACAAACUCUAAACAUUUAUUCAAUUAGACUUCUUUUAGAAGCACUUUUGAAACGUCAUUACAUAUUUUUAACAUUUACCACCGAUUUGGAAAGCAGUAUCUAU